AGAGCCCGCGCGUGCGCCCUGCGCAGGCAGCGCACCCGGGCUUGGGCGCUGAGCGUGCCGGCUGGGAGUCGGCGGGAGUCCCAGUGCUGCUGGGGGCGAGUCUGUAGCGUGAGGUGCCCUUGAGCUGAAGACCAUGAACCGCAGCCGCCAGGUGACGUGCGUGGCCUGGGUCCGCUGCGGCGUGGCCAAAGAGACUCCGGACAAGGUAGAGCUUAGUAAAGAAGAAGUAAAACGUCUCAUUGCUGAAGCAAAGGAAAAAUUACAAGAAGAAGGUGGCAGUGAUGAAGAGGAGACAGGCGAUCCUUCGGAAGAUGGCAUGCAGAGUGCACGUACCCAGGCACGACCAAGGGAACCCCUGGAAGAUGGUGACCCAGAGGACGACAGGACGUUGGAUGAUGAUGAACUGGCCGAGUAUGACCUAGAUAAAUACGAUGAGGAAGGUGACCCAGAUACUGAAACUCUUGGUGAGUCUCUUUUGGGUCUUACAGUCUAUGGAAGUAAUGAUCAAGAUCCUUAUGUUACUCUGAAGGAUACGGAACAAUAUGAACGUGAAGAUUUCUUGAUCAAGCCCAGUGACAAUCUCAUAGUCUGUGGCAGAGCUGAACAAGACCAGUGCAAUUUAGAGGUGCAUGUUUAUAAUCAGGAAGAAGAUUCUUUUUAUGUGCAUCAUGAUAUACUGCUGUCUGCAUACCCUCUAAGCGUGGAAUGGCUGAAUUUUGAUCCUAGCCCAGAUGAUUCUACAGGAAAUUACAUUGCUGUGGGAAAUAUGACUCCUGUUAUUGAAGUGUGGGACCUUGAUAUAGUGGACUCUUUAGAGCCAGUCUUCACACUUGGAAGUAAACUAUCAAAAAAGAAGAAAAAGAAAGGAAAGAAGAGUUCCUCAGCAGAGGGGCAUACCGAUGCUGUCCUGGACCUUUCUUGGAAUAAGCUGAUCAGAAACGUGUUGGCAAGUGCAUCAGCUGACAACACUGUAAUUCUGUGGGAUAUGUCCUUGGGGAAACCAGCAGCUAGCCUUGCUGUACACACAGACAAGGUCCAGACUCUGCAGUUUCAUCCAUUUGAAGCACAGACUCUGAUUUCUGGAUCCUAUGAUAAGUCAGUGGCUUUGUAUGACUGCCGAAGUCCAGAUGAAAGCCAUCGGAUGUGGCGUUUCAGUGGGCAGAUUGAGAGAGUGACUUGGAAUCACUUUUCACCUUGUCAUUUUUUGGCCAGCACAGAUGACGGCUUUGUGUAUAAUUUGGAUGCACGUUCAGAUAAGCCAGUUUUUACACUCAAUGCACACAAUGAUGAAAUCUCCGGUCUUGAUCUAAGUAGUCAAAUCAAGGGCUGUCUUGUGACAGCAUCAGCAGACAAAUAUGUGAAAAUCUGGGACAUAUUAGGAGACAGGCCAAGUCUGGUUCACUCUAGAGACAUGAAAAUGGGAGUUCUCUUCUGUUCUUCCUGUUGCCCCGAUUUGCCAUUUAUUUAUGCUUUUGGAGGUCAGAAGGAAGGACUUCGGGUCUGGGAUAUAAGCACAGUCUCAUCAGUAAAUGAAGCAUUUGGAAGACGAGAGAGGCUUGUUCUCGGCAAUACAAGAAGUUCAUCUAUUAGUGGCCCUUUUGGGAGCAGGAGCUCAGACACACCAAUGGAGUCUUAAUGAGGAUCAUAAACUUUUUAUUACUUUAACUCCGUUUUUUAAAAAGCUAGCCUAAAAACAUCCAUGUAUGGCUACAGCCAUGUAGUGACUGAAACAAAUUUUCAUCUCCUACUGCCAGACAUUCUCCUGCAGCUAUGGGGCAGCACAAACAGGGUUGAUCUUUGUGCUUGCCUUUUAAAUGUGGUGUUUAGGGCUCCCACUGCAUUUCUUAAAGAGGGUAAUAAAAACAAAAAAAGUCUUUAAAAAAUAAUUCCUUAAAUAUGCCAUCUGUCAUAGGUAACCUAGGUUUGUAAAAUAGUCAUUUAUGGAAUUUUAGAAGAACAGUGAUUUGGCCAAGAUUUCACACUAGCCAUGAACACCCAGGAAUUGUUCUUCCUGAGUUGAUUGUUCUCCAGUUGAUGUUCAUGAUUUUAGAAGUGUUCUCUAUGCUACCCGUAAAGUUUAAUCACUAAAUUAAAAGUGGCCUGCCUUCCCCCCCCCACCCCCAGCAUGGUAUUCAUUGUUAUCCAAGACAGGGGGCACAACAUUAUGAUGGUAUCAGUCCAACAAGAGGCUAGAACAUCCCUAAAUAUAACAACCUAAAUAUAUAAAGCAAAUAUUAACAGACCUAAAGGGAGAAAUAGUAAUACAACAAUAGUAGGGGACUUUGGCCUUAACAGACAUGUACAGAACAUUCCCUCCAGAAGUAACAAAAUACACAUUCUUCCCAGGCACACACAUCACAUGUACCACAGAAAGCUUUAAUAAAAAAUAAUUUCCACACUAGGACAGAGAAUAAAUUGCAGAAAACUGAAAUACCAAGUAUCUUUUCUGACAAUAGUAUGAAACUAGAAAAUUACAUGAAGCAAACUGGAAAUUUUUCAAAUAUGUGGAAAUUAGAUAACAGGCUACUGAACAGCCAAUAGAUCAAAGAAGAAAUUAAAACAUACCUUGGGACAAAUGGAAAUACAAUAUACCCAAACUUCAGGGAUACAGCAAGAGCAGCUCUAAGAGAAGUUCACAGCAGUAAAUGCCUAUAUCAAAAAAACAAGCUCUCAACCUAAUUUUACAACUCCAGGAACUACAAAAAAAAAAAAAAAAAACGAAGCCCAAAGUUAGUAGAAAGGAAGGGAAUAAAGAUCAGGGAGGAAACAUGUGAA